ACAUGGCGUUUUUAACCGAUGAUGUUGCAUCCGCCUGACUUGUUGCGUCCUGUAUACGGACGCAAGAUCGACCAUAUCUCAAAUUCAGCCAGAGGCCAUCUAAAGAUCGGUACAAUGCAUGGGUGAAAUAUUGGCACGGACGUUGUUUUGUAACCGGAGUGAUUUUCGCCGUAUUUUCUAGUUCCGCGAUAUGCCGUGCGAAAUUUUGAGGUCGCCCCUGUGCGGCGUAUAUAAAUGGCGUAUAUUCAUUACUUUGUUUAGAGACAUCAUGGCGAUUAUGUUGUUUCCUGUAUAUAAAUAAAUAAUUUUUAUCAUUUUAAGUUAGUGAUUUCAUUGCGUCCCACAAAAUCGCAUCAUGCAAGGGGAAACACGGGGAAGACAGGGAGUGAGGGGGCGAAGUUAGGACGUGACGUGUAAGCAGCGUGAUUUUAUUUAUUUAUUGGCGGCCGGUACGGACGCAGAAGCGUUUUUGGUAAAAUUGUGCAGUGGAAGUUAAAUAACAGGCAGCAUGAAAAGAAGCGCAAGGAUACUCAAAUUAGCAAGAAAUUGUGCAAAUAAAGAAAAUUCAUGUGACUUAUUUGAUUCAACGUUACCUUCAAAUCAGAAAAAUAAGGAAGAAGUAUCUCUUUCUAGUCCUGACGUUUCUGACACAGACUCAAAUUAUACACCGCCUAUACAAGAUACUACUUCUGAUGAAUCUUGCAUAGACGACGAUAGGAUCUUGGAUAAAGCUUGCUCACUAGGUUUUGUACUUCAUGCAUCUACAGAAUCUCAAAAUCCUCAGAAAAACAACUCAUUAAUAGAACGUAAACCCUUAUCUAACAAAAACAUUGAGCAGUCUUCAUAUGUAAAAACUUCAUUAAUUAGUAAUGAUAGUGUUUUGAGUCACAUAAGUAAUUCACCCUGUGAUACUUUUGCUGUGGACAUAAAAUUUUAA